GUUUCUCAAGAGUAGGAACGAAGAGGGCUAGUAACAUGACAGUUUUCCUUGGGCUUGCUUUCCUUGCUGCUCUUCUAACUCCCCUGGGCUGCAGUAAUCAGCGGCGAGGUCCAGAGUCCAACGCAAGAAGGUAUAACCGGAUUCAGCACGGACAGUGCACCUACACAUUCAUCCUUCCAGAACAGGACGGGAACUGUCGCGAAAGCACCACUGACCAAUACAACACCAACUCUCUCCAAAGGGAUGCUCCCCACAUGGAACAGGAUUUUUCUCCCCAGAAACUGCAACGCCUGGAGCAUGUCAUGGAAAAUUACACUCAGUGGCUACAGAAGCUUGAGAACUACAUUGUGGAAAACAUGAAGUCAGAGAUGGCCCAGCUACAGCAGAAUGCUGUCCAGAACCAUACAGCUACUAUGCUGGAGAUAGGAACCAGUCUUCUCAGCCAGACUGCAGAACAGACAAGGAAGCUCACCAAUGUUGAAACGCAGGUACUAAAUCAGACAUCCCGACUAGAAAUUCAGCUACUGGAAAAUUCAUUGUCUACGUACAAGCUGGAGAAACAACUGCUCCAACAGACGCAUGAGAUCUUGAAAAUCCAUGAGAAAAACAGUUUAUUGGAAUACAAGAUCCUUGAAAUGGAAGAAAGACAUAAAGGGGAGCUGGAUACUCUGAAAGAGGAAAAAGAGAACCUGCAAGGCCUGGUUUCCCGUCAAAGCUACAUCAUCCAAGAACUGGAGAGGCAGCUGAGUAAAGCAACCACCAAUAAUAGUAUUCUGCAGAAACAGCAGCUGGAGCUAAUGGACACAGUUCACAGCUUAGUCAGCAUUUGUUCAAAAGAAGGAGUUUUACUAAAGAAUGCAAAAAGAGAAGAUGACAAGGCAUUCAGAGACUGUGCAGAUGCCUACCAAGCUGGCUUUAACAAAAGCGGGGUCUACACUAUUUAUGUUAAUAACAUAUCAGAACCUAAAAAGGUCUUUUGCAAUAUGGAGACCACAGGAGGAGGUUGGACAGUUAUACAACACCGAGAAGAUGGGAGCCUAGAUUUCCACAAAAAUUGGAAAGAGUACAAAAUGGGCUUCGGUAGUCCCUCUGGUGAAUAUUGGCUGGGGAAUGAGUUUAUCUUUGCAAUAACCACCAGCCAAAGACACUAUUCUUUAAGAAUUGAACUAAUGGAUUGGGAAGGAAGCCGGGCUUACUCACAAUAUGAUAGAUUUUACAUAGGAAAUGAAAAGCAGAAUUACAGGCUCUAUCUAAAGGGUCAUUCAGGAACAGCAGGAAAGCAGAGCAGCCUGAUACUGCACGGGGCUGAUUUUAGUACCAAAGAUGCAGACAAUGACAACUGUAUGUGCAAAUGUGCUCUUAUGCUAACAGGAGGCUGGUGGUUCGAUGCCUGCGGGCCUUCCAAUCUCAAUGGAAUGUUCUACUCAGCUGGACAGCACCAUGGAAAAAUAAAUGGAAUCAAGUGGCACUACUUCAAAGGCCCCAGUUAUUCGUUACGUUCCACAACCAUGAUGAUCCGGCCCUUAGACUUCUAAACACGGCAGGCAGAUUCAAGAACCGUGUGCAGUAUAGCUACCACAUUCUGAAGAACCUCUUAUGUAACCUUCAGAAGCAGAAGGUGGGGACUUCCUGAAUGCAUCAAAUGGCCACAGUCCAGCAGUACUCAGAUCCCAUGUCACAGGCUGCAGUAAAUGGGCACAAGUCACCACCAAAAAACACCGGGAUGCAGAUGAAGUUUUGGGUCCUUGGACUAGAGAAGAUGGCUUAUAUGACUAUUCAGUGGACAACGUUACAGUUCGAUUGCCACAAAUGAACCUGAUACCUUUUAACAGAAACAUUUUUCUUUCUUUCUUUUGCUUCGAACAACAGAAACUGACAAUAACCAGACUACAUGCAAACAGGAUGAAAUUUUGUAAAGCAGAAAUAAUCCUAACCAGUGGAGGAAGGGUGGUUGCCAAUAACAAAAAUGGCAUUGAAUCUAUGCAAAAGCACCACUGAUAUUUAUUUGAAUUGGUACUUGUGCCUUAAAAAAAAAGAAAAGCAAGGAUAGCCACGCAAAUAUAAUUUAGAUGGAUAACUUCUUUUUAACGUAGGAUCAAUAUAGGAGUGAUUGCUCAUUAAGCCCAUUUCAAAUGUGAAACAUGCCCCCAGCAAAGAGACUGUGAGUCAUGACAGACAAGAGAAUGAUAAGAGCUAUAUGCAGAGAGUUGUCAAUUGCCCUGCAUGGCUACAGUGAAUGUAGUUAAUCCAGAUAAUUGGCAUAAUCCUUCAACUAGGAUUUAUAGCAUGAUAACAAAAGAGACCAGGGAUAUUUUUUUUUAACUGCAACAGCUUUGGCCUCUAUCAGACCCAGUCUGGAUGUCAUGUUAAAAAAAAAAAUAGAGAAGUUUUGGGGUUGUUUUUUUUUAAAAAAAAGGUG